AUGCAGGCUUCAUUCAUGAACAACCGGGCAGAGACUCACUUCAGCCCCACGCUGGAGUGUGAAUUAGACAACAUGGGGGGCGAAGGCAUAAUGAACAUGGGGUAUAGCCGCUCCCCUCCUCUCUCACCCCUAAGCACCAUCUACAACCCGAAGCCGGUUCUGGCAAACCCCUAUGACAACACAUGUAAGCUGGACCUGCCUGCUCCGGUGACUCCGGAGACCAAGACCCCCAUUGACCACCAGGGAAAGCCAUCCACCGGGUGCUGUUCUUUCAUCAGCCGAGCGGUGCGCGGACUAUGGAGCACCACAAUGACAGAGAACACAGCAGAGAACCGGGAGAUGUUUGUGAAGACUACUCUGAGAGAGUUGCUGGUCUACAUCGUCUUCCUACUGGACAUAUGUUUAUUGACGUAUGGCAUGACCAGCUCAAACGCCUACUAUUACAACAAAGCUAUGACCGAUCUGUUUGUGAACACACCCAGUGAGAACGGCAUUAAAUUUCAGUCCAUUAGUAGCAUGGCAGAUCUCUGGGAUUUUACACAGGGUCCAUUACUUGAUGGGCUUUACUGGACCAAGUGGUACAAUGACGAGUUGCUGCAGUCAAGCACGCUCAAUGGGCAGUCCUUUAUCUACCAUGAAAACUUGCUAUUGGGAGUUCCCAGAAUACGACAGCUCAAGGUGACAAACAAUUCUUGCAAGGUGCAUAAAGACUUCCGGCAAAACAUCACAGGCUGUUUCGACGUCUACAGUAGCCAGAAAGAGGACACUUCUGAUUUUGGCCUCAUCAAUGGAACUGCCUGGGAGUAUCACACAGAGAAGGAGCUGAAGGGCUCUUCACACUGGGCUGUCCUGACCUCGUACGGGGGCGGGGGGUUCUACGAGGACCUGAAGCUGACCAAGGAGGAAAGUGCCAUCGUGCUGAUGGAGCUAAAGCAGAACCUGUGGCUGGACCGGGGAACCAGGGUGGUCUUCAUCGACUUCUCUGCGUACAACGCCAAUAUCAAUCUAUUCUGCGUCAUCAGGCUAGUAGUUGAAUUUCCAGCCAGUGGAGGGGCAAUACCAUCUUAUCAGAUCAGGACAGUGAAGCUGAUUCGCUACAUCACCAACUGGGACUACUUCAUCAUUGGCUGUGAAAUGGUCUUUUGUGUGUUCAUCCUAUACUAUGUGGUGGAGGAGAUUCUAGAAAUACGAAUCCACAAGUUCUCCUACUUCUCAAGCAUUUGGAACAUCCUGGACGUGCUGGUCAUUCUGCUUGCCAUUGUUGCCAUCAUAUUCAAUGUGUUCCGGACCAUCAAAGUGGAUAAAUUACUGGGGAAGCUACUGGAACAGCCAGAUAUUUAUGCAGACUUUGAAUUUCUUUCAUUUUGGCAAACUCAGUACAACAACAUGAAUGCCAUGAAUUUAUUCUUUGCAUGGAUAAAGGUGUUCAAGUACAUCAGUUUCAAUAAGACAAUGACCCAGCUGUCCUCUACGCUGGCCCGCUGUGCCAAGGACAUCCUGGGCUUUGCCAUCAUGUUCUUCAUCGUCUUUUUCGCUUACGCUCAGCUGGGAUACCUGGUCUUUGGCACCGAGGUGGAGUCCUUCAGUACCUUUGUGAAAUGCAUCUUCACACAGUUCAGAAUUAUCCUUGGAGAUUUUGACUACGAUGCCAUCGACAAAGCCAACAGAGUUCUGGGACCUCUUUAUUUUGUCUCCUAUGUGUUCUUCGUCUUCUUUGUGUUGCUUAACAUGUUUCUGGCAAUUAUUAAUGACACGUACUCUGAGGUAAAGGAGGAGCUUUCCAAGGAGACCGAUGGCUUCCAGUUCACUGAUAUAAUAAAGCAGAGUUACAUGAAGACAUUUAUGAAACUUAAAUUCAAAAAGGAAAGAAUCAUUGAUGUGCAGAAGGCCUUACAGUCAGGGUCAAAGGAACUGGAGUUUAAGGACUUCAGAGAAACGCUGAAAGAAAUGGGCCAUGCGGACAGUGAGAUCUCUGCGGCAUUCUCCAAAUUUGACCGUGAUGGUAACCACAUUCUGGAUGAGGAGGAACAGACCAACAUGAAACGCGAGCUGAAGGAGAAAAGGGAUGCUCUAAAUGCUGAGAUAAACACCCUUGGAAAAAACUAUGGUAAGAAGGUGUUGGCCCACGCAAAAGAGCAGGAGGAAGUGCAGAGCAACAGUAAUGGAGGAAUCCCAGUGUCCCAGGAGGGCUUUCAUAUGUUGGUUAGGCAGGUUCUUCAGCUGGAGGAUUCAGUAGCAACCAUUAUGGGGAAAAUGGACCUGCCAGCCAGCGGGAGAUCCAAGAACAACACAACAACUCCUGCACUACUCGCCCAUAUUUUUGAGAAUGAAAGGCCUGCCCCUGAUGGUACUGUGCAGGCACCUGUGAUGGGAAGUACUUGUGCGGAGAAUGCUGAUAAUGGAGACCUGAGACAUCGGUACCCAGGAGCAAACUGGACCAUAGGUCCCGGGGGUUUCUCUAGUAGCCACCUGUAA